AUGGCAAACAUCCUUUUCCUCACUCUGGACGAUACUGGGGGCACUGAGGGACGAUCAAGCUUGGAAAGUAACUCUGACAGCGGGUCCGCGCCCGGCUCAGACGACUACGGCUCUGGGCGCAGUAUACCUGGUUCCGACUCAGACUACACUGAGCCUGGCACACCCGUCGAUCUUCACCAUCCCGUCGAGGUGGCCCUCUACUCGCCCAGCCGCUCUUUGGACGAGGACCAAGGGUAUGCCGUGACUCUCCCAAAAUCUAUAUCUCGCGAGGACUACUCCCGGCGCUCCCUGGCGAUCUCUCCCUCCUCUGGUCCCACUUCCGCCGACAUAAUGCCUCAAUUUCUCAAACUCAUCAGGAGCCCAGACCUUUGCGAAGGAGACGAAUACCGGCUUUCCAAAUACUUCACUCAGAUUCGGAACCUUCAGCUGGAGUGGCAGAAUGCCGGUUGCGAAGGCUGGGUGACGAAGGACAUUACAGACGGUAUGAAUGAGCAGCUGUAUGAGCUCAUGCAGAAGAAGGUGGAUGCUACGUGGGAGUGGGAGUUGGGCGAGGGAGAGUACCGGCGUUGGUUGCUGUUCAUACGAUGUAUAAGAAUGGACUUCUGGCCUAAGCAGGGUAAAGCCGUCGUCAUUGCGCCGACCUUCCAAGAGGACAUGGCGUACUCUAUGACAAAGCGCUUCGGCAACGCGUUCAAAGAGAGCGAUCUCAACCCCAUUCAGUCUGCGUUGACCAUACCGUCCGACAUGGUUGUGAAAGCCCCGGACGUGCACUUCAGCUUCAGGUACAACGCUGUGCUCAAGGAACCCCGUAGCAACGCGGCGUCAACGCCCUUCUUCUGUGUAGUUGCUCAGAGCUCCGAAGAGUUCCUGUAUGAAACCAAGAAGCUGGCGUGGGUCGUGGAGUCUAACGCCCUCUGCGGGCUGCAAGGAUUUCUUGUUGCCCUUGUCGCCGAGGUCGACGAGAUCACCACCCCUGACAAGCUGUACUUCCCCAACGCUUUACGCCUGCUAAUACUCCAUCUCAACACCAUCAACAAGGCCAGCAACCUGAAUAUUCGUUAUCCCAAAGGUCCUCCGCCCCAGAUGGUGUGUUGCACGGCAUACUACGAACGUGAGCUGUUUCCUGCUUUCGUGGAGCAAGCGAGAUCCGCCACCUCUGUGACGGACUGGUCCAACAGCGACCGCUUCAUGUGGUUGACGUCCAUGCGCAAUGGACCGAGCGUCUUCCCACCGGAUCGAUGGACGAUAUUCGCGCAAUGUGUCCGCUCAAUCGUCGACGGCUAUGCCGCUGAAGCGCGGACGACCGCCUCACCCAGCUCCACCUAUCCAAAGCGCACCGUAACGGAUGAGGAGUACCGUACGGCGCUCCUCCGCAUCCUCCCGCAAUCCCUCGCGAGCGACCUGCAACAGGUCGUGUUCCAGGUUUUGGAGGGGAUCGUGUCAGUCAGGGCGGGCAAGCGCAGGGUCACACGGCUUGUGGCGGCGAGUCCUUACAAGACUGAGGGGCUGUCCAGUAUGUAUAUGCACUGGAACUACUUCAACGAUGAUAUGAUACCCGUGUCUGCUUUAUGCCUCUGGCCAGAGAAUGCCACCCCAAGAGCGCCCGAGUGGGACGCUGAGUCCCGCGUUAAGUCCGAAGUCCCUUCUCUCGCGUGCAGCACUGGGCGGAUUGUCCGCCUCUCCUUCACGCCCGCGAUGGCGGUAGGCGAUGUUCACAUCGGUGUCCAGCACCUCGCUCACAGAUUCAUUGAUCUGUGCUCCCAGGACUGCGCAUCUCUGGCGGGCAUGACAGAGCCCACCACCACCAACGAUGAGCUCUCUGUUGGCGGUUUCCGGCCAGACUGUGUGGUCAGACUCAUGGUGGGCCUACACCCCGCCAAGGGCCUCUAUGUGGAGGUUCACUCCUCGGAGAGCAUGGCCCAUGGAGUCAACAAGCUGGUAGAGGAAUGCGACGCCGGCGCCCAUGCCGUUCUUGGGACCAUCUUCUUCGCUGCAUCGGAGGGCCAAAUGAAGAAGCCUGAGCCUGAGGUGCUGAGGCAGUGGAAGGAGCAGGCGGGCAACCAGGACAAAAGGGACCCCUCUUCCUGGGGCCUCUGGGGCUUCAUGGGGACUGAAGGGACUGGCAGCAGCGCCGCCACAUGGCAUCUGCAUAGGGCACGGGAGGUUCAGGCGUUGAGGAAGGUCAACAGGGAGCAUACCACGCCCCACAUCAGUUUCAAUCGACAUGCGAUCGUAGGAGCUCUCAGCGGGUACGCCAUCUUCAUCCCAUCGGCGUUGUACAACGCGCUACGACAACGCCCUCCAUACCCUGGAUGCGAGAAGUGGACAGCGAGGGAACUCAAGCUUUACUUUGGGCACAUGGCCAUCACGCCAAACGGCGAAAGCCUCGACUUCGAAAAAUGCUCUGGGAAGGCCAGGGCGUUUUUCUACAACGUCUUCAAAGGUUACCUGGCCGCGGCUAGGUACAACAUAACCAUCAUGUCCCAGGAGUUGAGCCUCCUCAACUCCAUCGACGACCUCGACGACCUCGACGACCUCGAUGACCUACAAGACGACCUCAGCGCCUCUGACAGACGUCGAAUCAACGUCCUACUGGGCGAGGUCAACGAUUUCGCGGCCUUCAACGACGAUGAAUCUGAUACGGACGAUCGAGGGCGGUUCGAAGACAGCCAAUUGUACAACAGGCUGGGGGCUGACGGCCUGCAGCGGCUAUCCGCGGACUGGUCGAAAAGCAUGCUCUCCGAAGAAGAGAGUCAGGCGCUUCAAUUGCUCUUGACGAAGUACGAAGACUUUCACUCUGCUCUGCCUGCUGUGCGGGAUAGACUUCAAUUGAUCAGCGAUGCCUUGAAGGGCGAUGGGGGGAGAUACCCAACGAACUCCAAGAAGUCGACGCAUCACCGGGUCUCUCAGACCGCAAAGCUUGACAAGCAACCCCCCAAACCUGGGAGAAGAGCAGACAGAGGAGUGCUACCUCCACCGCACUGCAAGAGCGGCUCCUCAGUUAAGAAAUGGGUGAGGCGUCGAGACCCGUUCAACCAGUCAACACCAGCCAUCGGAGCGUUCUUUGCCCGUCUCUCUGCAUCCAUCGACUUAGCCUCAGACCGCAGCCGCUCUCAGCUAUCAUCCGUGCGGGCGCUGCUAGAACAAGGAGACGAUGGAACCGGAUUCCUGGACAACACUCUUGAAUCGAUUGUUCAAAGAUGUACGCGAAUUACAACCGCUGACCAAUGUGUCAGUUUCCUCGUCAUUGUGCAUUACAUGCAGUUGGUCUGCAAAACCUCUAACAUAAGACGCGCAAGCAAUCUGAGCGUAUGCCAGGUGUAUGAGAAGCACAUCAGCGGUCACCCUUCCUCGCCAAGCCAGCGAACAUUCUGUCACUGGAACGAGAUUGGAAGCAGAUUCUCGGCGAUCGCAACAGGGGGAUCUAUCUACGCUGUCCUGCUGGUUAUUCUAGCCGAUCUGCGUAAAGACGUCAUACAAUCCGUUGGUGACUUUGCUUGGACGGUCGCCAACGUUCUACGUGAUCCCGACCCUAAUACUGCGGCAGGUAGUAUAGUCAUUCAGCGUAUCAUCCCGGCUAUAGACCGCGUGCGAGCGCAGCUACCUCUGCAAUUCGACGCACUGUACUCUCCUCCCAUGCUGGUAGAACUUGGCGUGGCAUUGGACACGCUUGAUUGCUCCAAUCUUGAGCACUCCGAUAAAUUGUUCGGCUCCCUAAUACUCAAAAACCUGGAAAUAUGGGCAGCUUGCCUGCUUCCCAAUCCCGAUCCGGCCAGCGAUGCGGUUCCGCUCACCCGGGCCAGUCAAAAUCUCUUCCGUCGAAAUGGCGACGUUGAGGGCGCGAUUGAUCCCCCCUCUCCCUUGUCCGAUGUGUACGAAGAUGAGGACGAGAUCCUCGCUGAACAGUCCGAUGUUGAGAUGACGAAUCACAACAUACCAGGCAUAUGCGUUGUAAUGAAGGACUUCGAUCUCAGCCUCGAUGUGCAUCGUGCGUACCCGGUGCCCAAUCUACCUGAAGAAGCCUUCACUUGGACGGAGACUCAGCGUUUGCUGGCUGCAGCAGCGCUGAAACCAGAAACGCCCGCGGCAUUGCAGGCCCUGCUGUCACCGGCUGCUCCAGAAGGCCCCAGUGGACGGAAAGUCAAGGAAUAUGUUGCCAUCAAGCCUGACCUGGCAUCGGGUCCCAUUCGAAUCGAGGAUAGUAGAGGAUCUCUCGUCGCAUGCGUGUUCAACAACAUGCCGCAAGAGAUCCGCGAGAUGCUCACUACCAGGCGGAGAAUCUCAAAGAAACGUGCUCCUCAUCGGAGGGAAGAGGUUUCAGCUUCGCGGCACUUCAUUUCGCCUGGUAUAACCGGCACGGGACAAGGGUCAGUGAAUCCGUUUAACGUUCUACUGUUGGGACACGAUGUUCCGGUCGACGCACACCCCAUACUCAUUGAGAAAGACGACAACACUCGAACGAACUACGGUCAAAUGCUUCCCUACCCGUCACAAGACACCGGUAAAUACAAAGACAUCUACAAUAAUCUGCAAUCCGUCUUCCAAAAAUUGUUUGAAUGGAUGGCAGAGCAGCUCAAGGACUCGCUUUGCUUGGAAUAUGACGACCUACGCAUGGACGCGGAGGUAUUACCGGGAAUGCCAGUUCUCUGCCGCGAACAAGGUCAAGACCCCGGUGGCGAGCAAGGCAAGACCCCGGCGGCGAGAAGUCUGCUGGUGCCGGGGUGGCAACCAAGUCUUCGUCCAGCAAAGCAGAUUCCGGAGCUGAUGCUGUACCGUGCUGAGCUAUGCAGCUCGGCUCAAGGCUAUGAAGGAGUCGCUGCGAUCCCUAUUGCCCAACCUGACAGCGCAAGAGCUGGACGCAAUGGCUCGGUCGAACCUAGCCAAGGGAUCAAAGGGGAUCUCUGGGAGAAGGAGCAUCAGGAUGGAAGAGUCGAAGGCUGGGGGUCUGACGAGGAUGAGCUAGUGAUACCGUCGAAGAGCAAAGGGAAGAAUCCAAGGUCACCGGGCAAGUCCACACCCAUUACCACGCCGCGUAAGAGGAAAAAAUGUCCUUCUUCUUCGACACGAGGACAGCGAUGGCGAAUCUGGGUCAGAGAAGCCGAGAAGAAGAAGACCAGGACUCAACGCAGGAUCAGUCGGCGGAACAGGCAACAGCAGCGGGUAACAAACGUAAGAUCGUGGAGGUCGAUUAGUUCUCGCCGAAACGCAGGCUCCGAAGGACGAGAUGAUCUGGCUGCGCACCUUGGCUCGAGGACUGCGAAGGCGAAGAAGAAAGCCGCUCCCAUCGUUCUUGACAGCAAGAUGAGGAUGAGCUGGAGACCAGCGACAAGGAGGGGGUCCCAGAGGAAGGAGACACGCUCGUCGAAGGCUGAAGGUUCAGAGACGUUUACAGGCAAACAUGUGGCAAAGGGCAACUCCAGCAGGAGAGAGCCAUCUCCCAUGGACGUGGAUGACUCACAGGACGGGAAGGCUCUUCGUACAAGGGCUCGACGGGAUGGCGAGGACGAGGAUGAGAGCGCGGACCAGUUGUUGUCGAAAGACGAGGAAGCUCCGAACGAGCUUUCUCGGUCAGAUGAUUGUGAAGAUGGAGGAAGAGUCCGAGUCGAAGGGCAGAAGAGGAGGCAACCACGGAAGAAGGCCGACUCGAAGAAGUCCGAUGCGGGCAAGAAUGAGCCUACCGCUGGCGCGUAUGAGAAGCUCAUGGAGGACGUCGACGUCCGCAGCUUCUGGGGAAAGCCCAACAAGAGCUUAGGGUGUACCUUGCUCUGGAGAACGCUUGGCCUCGUACCAGAGGGAGGACUUCCAGAAGAAGUUCGAGCCCAAUGGGCCUUCCAGAAGACAAAGAACAAGAUCAUCGCAUACGUGAACAAGGCUGCACCCCAGCUUCGGCAGGAGCUCAAGCAGAAGGCGAAGCGCGUGGUGGAGAAAGAGUUCUUGUCUAUCAGGCUGCCCGAGGUUGGGGACGAUGGUAAACCGGUGGAUGCUGUCGAGCGCAACCAGAAGGUGAAGAAAGCCCGGGAGAAUCGCAUCAAGUUCUUGAAAGACAACAACACCUUUCACUACGGGCAGCUUGUGCUACCGGAUCCCGAGGUUGACCCAUCGCUGUGGGAGGAGCCAGACCUGGACAUGCCGUUCCAUGGUCUGUGCGUGGCCGAGGUCAUCGCUAACCAAUGGUUCCGCGGACAGAACCCGGACGUGUUUCGCCCGGCGUGCAAAGAACGGUUUGACCUUGACGGUGCGUUGAAGAUCAUCCCAAGCAACAUGAUUGCCCUGGCGUGCAGUGCGAUUCUCGUGGCCUUGGACGAGUGGAUGAACGACAACAACACGGUGGAAUUCCAGGAGAAGGUGUACGAUCGCCUGCUGUCUGGCGUGGAGAUGAUCCGUCGGUUGGCCAAUCCGAACAACAAGGACUAUGACGAGGGCUGGGAAAACCUCUCGGAGUCCCUGAACGCCAGUCUGUCCAAGAACAUCAGGGUGUUCGCUGGGCUUCGGGUGGAUUCGCAGAGUGGGCAAGGCGACGAGAAGUCCAAUGCGGACCUAGACCCUCUCAUCAACGCUGGGAAGGUGAAGGCGAGGUGGCGGUCGAGGGGUGGUGCUCCCGACAACGCUCAGGCUGGGCCGUCCAAUGCUGCGUCCAAGGAUAAGGCCUAG